AUGAAGCUACAAUUUUACAGUUUUUCAAUUCUCAUCUUGGUUAACAAUGUUCUUCCGUUGAGCAUUCCGAUAUUCUCCGAUAUCCAGGACAUCAUAAGUCUGUGCCAUGACGUGGCAGACAUAUCAUCAGGCAAAGUUCCUUUUUUUAACACUGGCGCAGACACAACAACCGCGAAAUUAGACGGACUUUCCGAUCAGAUAAGCCAACUGACCCAUGCCAUAAACGUCAAGAUGGACAGGCUGAUGACCGCAGUGCUGAAGAACGUCCCCAAGACGGUCCAAUUCAACAGCAUUAUGAACAAAUUCAUUGGACACGUCUCCAGAAUCGACGACCUGUUCGACGACUACGAGUACUACGUCAGGGAAAAAGGCAAGUUUGAUUCGUACACCAUUGACGACUUCUGCAAGGUCACUACGUCUCAUAGGUACGGAGACGUCCAGGACACUUUGCGGCAAAUGUACCAUCUGCUGGUGCCUGGUCAGCUGAACCAGGAGCACCAGAGUCUGCUCGAACUGAUGGUGUUUGUCCUAUCGACUGGAGAAAUUGCUGAUAAGUGCAACCAAGUCAAGGUGCCUCAGCAACAGCUCUACGAUCUGUAUGAAAUAGUCGUUCUUGCUGAGGUCAAGAGCUUCGUUAUGGCCAGUUAUUCUUAUGGAUUGUUGUCAAUUUAUAAAAAUGUGACUUUUGAACACGAGUUGGACAAAGCCGUUAAACAGGUGAUCAUGAGAUGCCAAAACUACUUGACCUUCACAACUGGAGCGCUAAAGAGACUAUCAAGAGAGUUAUUUCUUUGCGAUCCACCAAAACAUAUCGAAGGUGAAACGUACUUCAAGAUCAAUGCUCUUCGACGAGUGCUCGCUCACGAAAGUAUGUUAUCUGAAUCAACGAGUUGUUCUGCAACUUGCGGCGAUGUUGAUACUAAAAAGUAUUACAGAAGUUACAAAUACAAUGGUGAUUAUCAAAGAGUUGAAUGGACGCCAAAUAAUUUUUGUCGCGGACGUAUGAGCGCGUGUCAAGAUCUCGGUGAUUCCGAGGUUUGCGAGCAGCCAACAAACCCCGAUAGUUGGUACUCUUGGAUAAAAUCUGAUGUUGGAACAUUUGGUGAAAAAGACAGCUGUAGUGGCCGCACAAAUAAAGAUCUCUAUACCACGUAUCCCGGUUUCUAUAAGUGUACAUCCUGCUUCUGUCUAUGCUCUGAAGAAAACGCCGAAUCAACAGCCACUCGUACUUUUAGUCUCAGACCACAGAUGGCAGACAUAAAAAAAAACAUGGUUGUAACCGGUUUAAAGUGGGAACUGCAGGACAAUGUGGUCCACAUUCAAAUUCAGCAAAGCAAGAUGCUAGCUUCAUCCGCGAUCCAAGUGAACUCAACCAGUUUGGUAGAACUUGAAAAGUUUGUUUACAUGGAUAAUACAACUGGAGGGGCAUUUUACAUCCAAAAUGGCAACCGAUCAAUAUCGUUGAUGGAAGGCAUAGACUACUCAUGGAUUCGCAAUGGCCAGCGAGAUAUCAACCUGGAUAACCUUUACAUCCAAGAACCCGGUUGGUGUAUCACCGGACUAAAGUUGGGCAAGGAUUCUAACAAUGUUAAAGCAGUGCAACUGGAAGCCCAUAUAACUCCCUUCAAUUUUUCCAAUGGCUUGCUUAUUCCUAGUAAUGCCAAGCCUUCUAAAUGGAUAACCUAUAAGGACAUGCCUAAUCACGCACUGGAAAGAACAGAGAUCGACGUCGGGGGUAGAGACGUUCCUACUAAGCACGAGAAUUCGAAAUCUAGUGAAGACUCCGAUGCUACGUACUUCGCGCCUACUGACAAGUGGCGCGACGUGGCACAACACACUCUUCCGUAUUUCGACAAGCGAUUGGUCACUGGGGACCCUCCAGUUCCGGUAGCUGGUGCCGCCAUCUACCUUCUCUACAGUGAAGAGUCUGGUGGGAUGCUUGGAUGUAAAAUUAAUUCCCUCGAUCUUGUCCAGUAUUUGAACAAGACAAUGGUAGAGAAAAAUAUGAUUGCAGAUAAUUCUACAGAAGCGGCUAUUUAA